AUGCUCAGAAAAAUCCUCAAGCAGAACGCAGCAAAAGCACUGCGAGAUUCGGACACGACCCAAGAAACAUUCCAAGCUCCACGGGCCUUGAGUUCGCUGAGAAGCAUUGCGAGACGCCGCAGCAUCUGCCUGAUCGAUUCCUCCACCACCCUCCGAGAGCUCCUGCAAAUCCACGCCCACCUCCUCCUCAACGGCCUCCUCAACGAGCCCCAGUUCUUGGGCCAAUUCGUGGCCGCCGUCGCCCUCAGGAACCCCGAGAACCUCGAGCACGCCAGCCGGGUCCUCGACCGAUGCGAGAACCCGACCCUGUUCAGCUUGAAUUCCAUGAUCAGGGUCCACUCCAAGAGCCCGACCCCGCAGAAGAGCUUCCGCUACUACAACAGGAUCCGGCAUUGCGGCUUGUCGCCGGACAAUUACACUUUCAAUUUCUUGGUCUGCGCGUGCGCGCAGCUUCCGGCGUGCGGCGUGGGGGAAUCGGUGCACGGUGCUCUGGUGAGACAUGGGUUCGAGGGCGACCCGCAUGUUCAGAGUGGGUUGAUUAAUAUGUACGCGGAGAUGGGUAGUUUGGAAUCGUGUCGUAGGGUGUUUGGAGGGAUUCUUGAUCGUGACGUGGUGUGUCAGACGGCAAUGCUGAGCGCUUCCGCCAAGUAUGGUGAUGUCGUGUUCGCUAAGCAGCUGUUUGACGAAAUGCCCGAGAGAGAUACUGUUGCUUGGAAUGCGAUGAUUGCAGGGUAUGCCCAGUGUGGGGAAUCGAGGGAGGCCUUGAAUUUGUUCCAUGAGAUGCAACUGGAAGGUGUGAAGGUCAAUGAGCCUUCUAUGGUUCCGGUUCUAUCUGCGUGCACUCAAUUAGGUGCACUGGAUCAAGGGAGGUGGGCUCAUGCAUAUAUUGAAAAGAGCAGGCUUCGGAUAACGUUGACAUUAGGAACUGCAUUGAUUGAUAUGUAUGCCAAAUGCGGUGACAUGGAUAAGGCCAUGGAGGUCUUCUGGGGGGUGAAAGAAAGGAACGUUUACACAUGGAGUUCUGCCAUGAAUGGACUGGCCAUGAAUGGAGCUGGUACGGAAUGUCUCGAGCUUUUCUCGCUCAUGAAGAAAGACGGGGUUCUCCCGAAUGAAGUGACGUUUGUGUCGGUAUUGAGAGGCUGCAGUGUAGUUGGACUAGUCGAGGAAGGCUGUAAGCAUUUUGCCUCAAUGACCAAGUUGUAUGGAAUCCAGCCUGAACUGGAGCAUUAUGGCUGCAUGGUUGAUUUGUAUGGCCGAGCUGGCCGUUUAAAUGAAGCGUUAAAUUUCAUCAAUGACAUGCCGGUGGAGCCUCAUGCCGGCGCUUGGGGAGCUUUACUAAAUGCAUGUAAAAUUCACAAGAAUAUGGAAAUAGGUGAGCUUGCCUCAAGAAAGAUGGUGGAGCUUGAAGCAAAGAGUCACGGUGCCUACGUGCUUUUGUCCAAUAUCUAUGCUGAUAACAAAAGCUGGGAAGAUGUAAGCCAUGUGCGGCAGGUAAUGAAGUCUAGAGGCGUGAAGAAGCUUCCGGGCUGCAGUGUUGUAGAAGUUGAUGGUGAAGUUCAUGAGUUCUUUGUUGGAGAUAACUCCCACCAAAUGUAUAACGAAAUUAAAGUGAUGUUGGGUGAGAUCUUCAGGAGGCUGAGAUUAUCAGGGUACAUGGCCAACACGAACCCCGUUUUGUUCGAUAUAGAAGAAGAAGAGAAAGAGAAUGCUCUGGCUCUACACAGUGAGAAGAUUGCCACUGCAUUUGGUUUGAUCAGAUUGAAGAAAGACGUUCCUAUAAGAAUUGUUAAAAACCUUAGGAUCUGUUGGGAUUGUCAUGAUUUUAUGAAAAUUGUUUCUCGAACUUUUGAUAGGGAAAUUGUUGUGAGGGACAAUAAUAGGUUUCACCAUUUCAAAGGUGGUGGGUGCUCUUGCAGGGAUUAUUGGUGACAAUAUACAGUUCAGUUGUGCAAUUAUUAUUGGCAGUGUA